GGCUAGGCCGCAAGCGAUUGUAGAUGCAAUUUUCACCAAAAACAGAAAAAGGGAAAAAGGCUGGUAGAGUAAGCUUAAAGAGCGAUUGGCAACUAUAUCAAUGGUUCUUACUUCGCAAGACCGCCCAUGGAACGAUUGAAGGAGGGGAAAGAAUUUGAGGUGAAUAAGGUACUAGUGAUGCUAGCCGGCAGCCGCUACGUUUCCUUCGUAAGCCUAUUGUCCUGGAAGGUUAAAAGAUAGUGGCAAGCGAAACUGGAGUACGUGGCAUAUGUUGCUUUCUUCAAAAUGCGGAAAAUUUAGGCAAGCGUCGUUCUUCUUCAAGGACAAAAUCAAGGUUGCCCGAUUGGCUCUUCUUGAUGUUACACCAGCUCAACUAUCGACAGAAGAAGCCACAAAUGGAGAUUCCUCAGCACCGGACGCACGUACGAUGAGACUUAUAUCACGUGCUGCCUUUGAAGUUGAUGAUUAUUGGAGAAUCGUUGAUGUUCUGCAUAGAAGGUUGCAGAACUAUGAUAGACACAAUUGGCGAGCGGCCUACCAGGCGAUGAUAUUGCUGGAACACCUCCUCACGCAUGGACCAGCAAGAGUUGCAGAGGAGUUUCAAGGUGAUCGAGAUAUCAUCAGAGAGAUGGCAAAUUUGUCUUACAUAGAUGAGAAGGGGUUCGAUUGGGGAUUAAGUGUGCAGAAAAAGGCUGAAAGAGUGCUGAAGCUGAUCAAGGACGGGUCAUUUCUCAAGGAAGAAAGAGCAAGAGAGCAAAAAUUAACAGUGGGGAUUAAAGGGUUUGGGAGUUUCUGUGAACGAUCAAUCUUAACAGAUGAGAGUUCGAAAUGUGCAUAUUCCAAUAAAUAUUUGAGAUGUCAUUCUCACUUUUGUGAACGUCAAAGCACUGAAGAUGCUCUGUUGGCUGCGGACGACGAAAGGGUUCCAAAAGCACAGGAGAUUCGUAAUAAGCACAGAGAUUCAACAACCGAAAACCCACCACAAAAUUCCAACGGCAACAGAACCUUUGAAGAGGAUGAUCAUCCCUUCUACAGCAAAGAAGAUCAAGCUCUAGUCUCCCUGCUUUCCUCAGGGUGAAAUCGAAGUCAUGUAAACACUAUGAUCUUGUAGUUGACAUGUCAUAUCUUUUGGUAUUAUAUAGCAGAAUCAGAGUUGUACGAUAAGAUACAGUCUUAUGCUUUAAAAAAGUGAAAAUCAGGUUUUAUCUA